AUGGAAGAUUUCUCUGAAAUUUUUGAUUUCUUGAUAAUCAUAAAAGAAACCCUAAAAAUCCUCCCGAGAAACGGGAAGAAAAUGGCGUCGAUCGCCGUUCUUUCCCUCCUCUUACCUUCAACCCUCUUCUUGCUAAAUAUUAACUUAUCCCCACACGUGUUGAAAUAUAAUAAUGCACUUGGUUCCGCAGUACAUGCACUCUCUUUCAUGCUCACGUACUUCAUAAUCUCCCACUUACUUAGCACGGCAGCAAUCCUAGUAUCGGCUUUUUCUUACACCGACAGAACCCUAACCUCGAAAGAUCUCUUCUCGAGCAUCGAACGGAGAUGGAAGAAUAUUCCCUUCUCCAGAAGAAUAUUCCUCCUAGGCGGCUACAUCUCAUCCUACUCUCUGCCGAUGGUUUUCGUCGUUUUAGCACUUCUCGUGGCACUUGCGCAUCACAAUUUUAUUGCAAUUGCUCUAUGGAUUAAUACUUUUAUUCUCCAGCUGUAUUCGUCGGUUGUUACGGCUCUGUCGGUUGUGGUGUCCGUUGUAGAAGAUAGUUCGAGCGUGGAGGGUUUGAAAAAGGCCGAAAAGCUCGUUAUGGGGGGCCAGCGCCUCCAUGGAUUCAUGCUCAACUUGUUCCUUAAUCUGGUGGCGCUGAUUCUAGUUUUAUCGGGGUUUUAUUAUAAUAAUGAUAAGUUGUCCGUGGAUGACGUGGCGUUUUAUUACGGGUGUUUGUUCUUGAACUUGUUUUCGUUGUCGAACGUGGUUGUUUUUACGGUUUACACGGUUUUUUAUUUCCGGUGUAAGAAGCACCACGGUGAAGAAGAGGAGGAGAUUGAUGUUUUUGGAGAGUACACUGAAUUACCUACUUUUAGGUACUGA